UUCACACACUCGCACACAGAGGAGAUCUGUUCACACACUCGCACACAGAGGAGAUCUGUUCACACACUCGCACACAGAGGAGAUCUGAUCUUGGUGAUAAUGGGAGCACGAGGAAAAGGGGAAAUGGUUGGAAGUCGAGGAAUAGGAGAGAUGUACGGAACAGAUUGGAUCGAACACAGCCGGUCUGUGAAGACGGAAGAAGAACUCCUCGCCUUGCAGGAGCGGUUUCUGAAGGGAGAAGAGACUCCUGCAGCUCGAGUAAGAUCAAAACAUCAACGCGCAUCUCAGCCGUUCGUUAUCUACGAAUCCGACGGUACAAAUCGGUCAUCUGAUUUUCUCCCUUCUCCCUCUGCGUGCUUGCGUUCCACCCCCUCCACCUCCUCCACCUCCACCACCUCCUCCUCCUCCUCCUCCUCCUCCUCCUCCUUCUCCUCCUCUUCCUUGUCUGCGAGUCUCUCUGGCGGUAAGACUAGGGCCUCCUCCUCCCUUGAUAGAGUAGAGUCGGCGGAAGUAUCGGGGAAGGUUCGUUCCAGGUCAUCAUCAUCAUCAUCAUCAUCAUCAUCGGUGAAGACGACAUCGGAUGUGUCCCUAGUCGAGGGUCUGAUCGGGAUCCCGACAGCUGUGGAAGAGGAAGAAACCAAGACGACGCUCCCUCGUCGAAGAGGGUCUGAUCGGGAGCGGGAUGUCGGCAACGCCGCCAGGACGGAGGGUGCACGACCGGCAGCAAUCCGCUCGUACACGGCCAGGCCCCCCACUAUCGGGAUCGCGGCGCGCACUACCUCAUCAGCAGCCGCCGUCGGGACGACGAGGACAGGAUCUGAGGCUCCUCCUUCCCCUCCCGGCGGUACGCCCAUUUUUGCUCCCGCUGGGCAAUUGCCUAUCAGCCACGCUGCGCGCCAAGUCCUGGAGGCCUCGUUGAUUCCGGAUGCGUUGGCAAAAGGGAGAGGAGGAGGGGAGGAGGGGCCGAAGAAGGAGAAGGGAGGGAGUGGGAGAAGAGAGGCAGGGAGAGGGAGAGGAGCAGAACGGAGCGAGGAGUAUCAGCCCCUCCCUCUCCUUGGAUCGAUCAGGGAGAAAGGGUUCGCCUCCUCGGUCAAGGAGAAAGCUAAAAAUAGCAAUGACGAUGGCGCCGUGCGCACGUCGCCACGUGUCCGUCUUCCGGAGCCGACCGUUCUGCCAUUCCCGGUCGCCCGACAUCGAGCGGCAGGACCGCAUUGGGUUCCUGUGCCAAAACCCUCUCAAGAAAACCUAUACGGCGUUGCGCAGGCAGCGGUUUCUCCGCUGACAGAGAUGGAAGUAAUUGACGCGGCAGAGGCCGUCGAUGUCGCGAUACCGAUUGUGCCCAAGAGGAGAUCAAAAGACGCGUUGAAGAAGCUGAGCAAAUUUGGGAGGGAUAGGAGAGAAGAGAGGAGAGAAGAGAGGGGGGAGAUGAUGAAGCUGAGUAAGAGUGAGGAGUCCAGUCCUCGGGAGCCUGCUCCCCGAUCGCGACCGGAUAAUGAUGAAGGUCGUACCGUCAGAUCGCCACGUGUCCAGUACGCAGCGGAGACCAUCGGUAUCCCGAUCAAAAGCGAGGGGAACGGGACUGUGUAUGGGGAGGACGGGGGGAGGAUGCGGAGGGGUCUUUUGGGCGAAGCGGAGGAAGGGGAGGAGGAGGAGGAGGAUGGAAAGGGGAGGAGGGAGGAGGAGGAGGAGGAUGGAAAGGGGAGGAGGGAGGAGGAGGAGGAGGAGGAGGAGGAGGAGGAGGGUGGGCGUCUAGAGAUGGGCGAGGGAGAGGGGUUUCUGAGCGCGGGAAACGGAGGUGGAAAGCGCGGGAAGUCUGCGGCUAAGGCUAAGCCCACGGCGGGGAAGAUGUCUGCUGACGUGGCAGCGAUCGACGCCGAGAACAGGGCUUUGAUUGGCGCCAUGUCAGCGGAACAGAUUGCGGAAAUGCAAGCCGAGCUGGCGGAGCGGUUCCCGCCAAAACUCCUCGAUAUGCUGAGGAAAAGAGGCGCAGAAAAGGCGGGAAAAAAAUCAUCGCUCACAUCGUCGCCGAACUUGCCUGAUUUGAAGUUCGGAUCGGGAUCGGGAUCGGGAUCGGGGGGGAUCCCUAGAGGUGCUGCGGAGGUCUCCGAUGAUGGGGGGGGCGGGGAGCAGGGCAAGAAGGGGAAGAGAAAGGGUUCUAGUCUUGAUAUGGAUAAGGAUACGGAUAAGGAAGACGGCUUCAUGGGGGAGGAGGAGGAGGAGGAGGAGGGUAGGACGGAGGAGAUCGCGAUCGAGACACAGACAACAGAGACUGGUGGUAAUGAGAUCCCGAUCUGCAAUCAAGCGAUACAUUUGGACGGAGUUGAAGAAAAGAUCUGUGGAGACAUUGCACGAGGAGGAGGAGGAGGAGGAGGAGGAGGGAGACAAAAGGUCCCGAUCGCGACGGUCAGUACUGGGUCGUCACGUGCUGCUGCUGGCGCCGAUGAUGCUUCCGCUAAGUAUCCGAACAAGACGGAGAGAAAGGGAGAGGGAGAGGGAGAGGGAGAGAGUUCUACCCCCUCCUUCUCCCAUUCUCCAAAUACGGCAGCCGCCAAGCGCCGGGGGGAAUCUUCUGCUGCAUCUUCGGCUGAUCUCCAUCGGACGGCUGCGAGUUCACCCGUCGGCGAUAUUGGGAUCGGGAUGGGGGCGUCCUCGUCAGACGCUCUGCGAGGGGGAGCGGCGGCAGAGUCGUCGGGGAAAUCCGCUGUUGCGACCGAGGUGUCGGGAUUGCGAUUCUCAUUCGACGGAGAGGUGGUCCCGACCGACGUGGCGAGAGAAGCGGAGGUGAUUUUGGGAUUAACGGAGUUGCAGAAGGCGGCAAGGGGAAAGGAGAAAAAAGGCGGGAAAAGAACGCAGGAGGGGGUGAGAGGUAAUGAGGACGUGGCUCCCUUUGCUGAGCUGGACGGAGAAGAUGAUCGAGGUUUGGAUAUCCAAGAAAUGGCAGCAAGACACGUGGCCGAACGGGAUCUGCUGCGCGCCGAUGGCGAUCCGGCGAGAGCGGGCUACUCUCUAAGAGAGGCCACGUCACUAGCAAGAAGCACGGUGCCCGCGCAACGUGCUGCAGCUCUCCGCUUGAUUGCUGCUGUUCUCACGAAGGCAGCAAAUACUUAUGCGCGUGCAGCGGAGAAGCCAGGGCCAAUGGAUGGUUCAGAUGCGCGUGCAGCCCCCGUGAAUUCACAGCCAACGGACAGCUCGGAUGGCGUUGAUUGGUCAGCCAUUUGGGCGUAUGCAUUUAGUCCGCCAGUGCAACUGGCUGUAACGCUGCGGUGGGUAGAUACAGAUCUGAUAUCCUGAUUCCGAUAGAGGAGUUUGAUAUCUCGACCUUGGUAUGAAAUGAAUUUUGGUAGAGGGA